CCCAUAAGUUCAUCUUCUUUAUAUAUAUCUUGAUUCUCCAAAGUUUUGUUUGCCUCAACUCCACAAUCACCGGUGAUCUUUCCAUAUUGUCCACAACUAUUCAACAUUGAUCAAUUAAAUCCGUAGCUUUGAAGGUUUAGGGCUUUCUUACCACUUUGCACAGUAGAAUUUUUAAUUAAACAAAAGAGUAAUUAUGGAAGGGUAUAAGUAUGCAGCUGAUAUCGACUCAAUAACCAAAGCAGAAGAUGUAAUCAAGUCCUAUGUUCAUUUAACUCCUGUCACGUCUCCAGCGGUCCUAAAUUCUUUUGCUGGAAAAUCACUAUUUUUCAAGGAUGAGAAGAGUGGCAACCAUGUUGCGGCAUUGUCUUUGGCUACGAAAAUUCGUGGAAUCCCCGCAUAUGUUGUGGUGCCAAAUAAGGCACCAAUAUGCAAAGUAGAGAAUAUUAAAAGAUAUGGGGGUCAAGUUAUAUUUAGUGAGCCGACCAUGAAAUCUAGAGAAGAGACAGCAACAAAGGUAUCACUUGAGAGGGGAGCUGUUAUCAUUCCUUCUUCCAAUGAUGCUCGUAUAAUAAGUGGUCAGGGUACAUUGUCAUUAGAGUUUCUUGAAAUUAUUGGAGAGAACAACAGCAAGUCCUGUUGCAGCACUUGGUUCAACUGCAACCUUAAAUAUCUCAUAACAAUAUCGCAUUGUUUCAAGAAUCUCAACAUCGUCGACUGUGAUGAUGUCAUCAACCAGAUCACGUACAAUUGGCCUACAUAAAUAGUUAAACUUUAGACAAAUAAAACAGCUCUCCAGAAUUAUUUAAAUAAGGUUCAGAAGUUAUUAAUUCUUCCAGGAUUCAAACAAAAAUCCAGGUCCGAAUUGCCCCAGGAAAGCACAAUCCCAAUGUUUUGAGAACAAAUAUUAGCCGCAUAUGUUUUUCUAACCAAAAACCCCAUUCUUAUACCGGUUUGUUGUAGUAGUGUGUAUGAAAUGUUGUUGAUAAUUUGUUAUCAUAAUUCGUUUGAUUUGUAUGUCAAAAUUUGAUGUAUUUACAUCUAAAAAUUAGAAAUAUAGAUAAACACAAACAUCUAUUUUUUUUUA